UCUCACCCUGACAGGACUGGAGGCAGCGGCCGCUGGGAUGGCCUCCAGCUUGAAGAAACCCGCGCUAGGAGCUGCCUCCCAGAGGAAGAAGGCAAGUCCUAAGCUGGAGCUCACCGAGGAGCAGAAGCAGGAGAUUCGGGAGGCUUUUGACCUGUUUGACACAGACGGCACCGGGAACAUAGAUGUUAAAGAGCUAAAGGUGGCCAUGAGAGCACUAGGAUUUGAACCUAAAAAAGAAGAGAUCAAGAAAAUGAUAUCAGAUAUCGAUAAGAAAGGAACAGGAAAAAUCAGCUUCAAUGACUUCUUGGUUGUGAUGACACAGAAAAUGGCUGAAAAAGAUUCCAAAGAGGAGAUUCUCAAAGCUUUCAAACUCUUUGACGAUGAUGAAACUGGCAAAAUCUCCUUCAAAAACCUCAAACGUGUCGCCAAAGAACUGGGGGAAAAUCUCACAGAUGAAGAGCUGCAGGAAAUGAUCGAUGAAGCAGAUAGAGAUGGGGACGGGGAAGUGAACGAGCAAGAGUUCCUGCGGAUCAUGAAGAAGACCAGCCUUUACUGAAACAGUUUUCUUUAUUUUUGCACAUGUGUAUAUACGUCCAGUAGCUGCCUCACUUUUUUUAGAGCCUUUUAUUCCUUUGGAAACAGCAGAAAACAGAGGUCAAUAUUUGUUUUUAAGUGGAUCAUCUUAAACUUGUGUCUCUGAACCAACUGCCAGCCUGUUCCCGUGUAGCAACCUGGCUGCUUGUUUGUGCUCGUAAGACAUUUACGCUCUUUGUUUUUGACACACAAAGCACAUUUUUCAGCGACAGUAUUCACACCCUCCUCUGACUAAAAACUGGGUGUCAAAUGUAAAUCUCUGUUUCCCAGCAGUUGAAGUUUUUGGUUUGGGCCCAGCUACAGUGAACUCUUUAUAUGACGUAUUUUCGGGGAUCAGCUUUUUAUACUCUGUCUUAUGGUCAUUAUCCCCCUCUUCCUUUUUUAGUAAGUUUUUUAAACGGAAAAAAAAAAAGAAGUAAGUAAAUAGGCUGCUGCAACUUAACUUACUGCUCUUCAGUUUGCACAUUUAACUCUACAAAAGAAGAGGAAAGUUACCAAGUGCUGCUGAUGAAAUGUCUGCGGGGAUAUUCGGUGGCUGCCAAUAUAAGAUUGUAUUUAAAAUAAAGCAUCUUUAUUUUAAGCCA